UAUAAAAUAAAUCAAAGAUUUGCUUGCUUAACAUUUUAGUAAAUUAACAAACUUUUAAUAACUAAAUAUUUGAUUUAGUAUUUCAUACGACAAUAUGUAUGUCAUAUAUUUAGCGCCCCUUUUGCUGGCAAUUGUAGGCAUAUCCGAGUCCAGUGCCGAACCACUCGUUCAGCUCAAUGUCUAUUACGAGAGUCUUUGUCCCGAUUGUAAACAGUUUCUCACCACUCAAUUGAUCCCCAAUUACAAGAAGUUACAGUCUAUCAUGUCUGUAGAGUUGGUGCCCUUUGGUUGGGCUAAGGUGGCCAGGGUCAACCACACUGAUGGUACAUUUGAUGUCAACUUCACGUGCCAGCACGGGGUACAGGAGUGUAUUGGCAAUCUAAUACAUAAUUGUGUCCUAAACUCGGAGUCCAUCGAUCGGUCACUUGAGUUGUUUGGCUGUAUGUAUAGCUCCAAGAAUUACAGCAAACCUGCCGUCGCUGCCGAAGAG